AUGUCUUUCUAUGGGAUCGCCGGUCUUUUUAUUAGCUCCUAUUUGUGGUGCACAAUUUCGUGGAAUGUAGGUAGUGGUUAUGAUCGCUUCGAUAGAAAAGAAGGAAUAGUGUGUAUUUUUCGUUGGGGAUUUCCUGGAAAAAAUCGUCGCAUCUUCCUCCGAUUCCUUAUAAAAGAUAUUCAGUCUGUCAGAAUAGAAGUUAAAGAGGGUAUUUAUGCUCGUCGUGUCCUUUAUAUGGACAUCAGAGGCCAGGGGGCCAUCCCCUUGACUCGUACUGAUGAGAAUUUUACUCCACGAGAAAUUGAGCAAAAAGCUGCUGAAUUAGCAUAUUUCUUGCGUGUCCCAAUUGAA